UGUGUGUGUCCUGUCCACAUUUUUUGUGAGUGUGUGUGUUUUCUUUGGGCCUUAUAUAACAGUGGGUUGUGGACCGAGAUGAUUAGACUGCAUUUCAAGUGUGAAAGUCAACAAACGGUGCAGUGAUGAACGGACUAGUGAAUGACAUCAACAACGCCGACUAUGUUGGGGACUUCAUGUUCACGUCGGAGUCCGUGGGAGAGGGACACCCUGAUAAGAUCUGUGACCAGAUCAGUGAUGCAGUGCUGGACGCUCAUCUGAAACAGGACCCAGAUGCCAAGGUGGCCUGCGAGACCGUGUGUAAAACAGGCAUGGUCCUCCUCUGUGGAGAGAUCACCUCACGUGCCAACGUAGACUACCAGAAGGUCGUCAGAGACACCAUCAAACACAUCGGCUACGACGACUCCGACAAAGGCUUUGACUACAAGACCUGCAAUGUGCUGGUGGCCCUGGAGCAGCAGUCUCCUGACAUCGCCCAGGGAGUCCACAUCGACCGCCACGAGGAGGACAUCGGAGCAGGAGACCAGGGUCUGAUGUUCGGCUAUGCCACCGAUGAGACAGAGGAGUGCAUGCCCCUCACCAUCGUGCUUGCCCACAAGCUCAACGCCAAGAUGGCCGAACUGCGACGCAACGGCACCGUGCCCUGGCUCCGCCCCGACUCCAAGACUCAGGUGACGGUGCACUACACGCAGCUGCACGGUGCCCUGAUCCCGAAGCGCGUGCACACGGUGGUGAUCUCGGUGCAGCACGACGACUACAUCUCGCUGGAGGAGCAGAAGGAGAUACUGAAGGAGCAGGUCAUCAAGGCCGUGGUGCCCGACAAGUACCUGGACGAGAACACCAUCUACCACCUGCAGCCCAGCGGGAGGUUCGUCAUCGGAGGACCACAGGGUGACGCGGGUGUGACGGGCCGUAAGAUCAUCGUGGACACCUAUGGAGGGUGGGGAGCUCACGGAGGAGGUGCCUUCUCUGGCAAGGACUUCAGCAAGGUGGACCGCUCAGCAGCCUACGCAGCCAGAUGGGUGGCCAAGUCACUCGUGAAGGCCCAGCUCUGCAAGAGAGUCCUGGUCCAGGUGUCCUAUGCCAUUGGUGUGGCCCAUCCCCUCUCCGUCUCCCUCUUCACAUACGGCUCCUCCCAGAAGUCAGAGAAGGAACUGCUGCAGAUCGUCAAGAGGAACUUUGACCUCCGGCCUGGGGUCAUCGUCAGGGACCUGGAUCUGAAGAGGCCCAUCUACCAGAAGACAGCCUCCUAUGGUCACUUUGGGCGCAAGGAGUUCCCCUGGGAAGUGCCCAAGAACCUCAACUUCUAAUCACCAGGAGCCAGGGAUACAGAUCCGGUGUGUGUGCGUGUGCGUGUGCGUGUGUGUGUGUGUGUGUGUGUGUGUGUGUGUGUGUGUGUGUGUGUGUGAGUGUGUGUGUGAGGAGUAAUGGGUGUUGCAGGGGAGUAAUGUGUGUUUGGCUAAAAAUCCCAGUUUAUAAAAAGGGAUUUACACCGAGUGUGUGUGUGUGUGUGUGUGUGUGUGUGUGCGUGUGUGUGCCUUGGCAGGGGGUGGUGGGUGUGGGGGGUGUUCUUGUAUGUUUCUAGGAAGAGAGGGUGUGUGUGUGUGUGAGUGAAAGUGUUUUAUGGCUGCGUCGUCCUUCCCUUGAAAAAUAAUCCCUCAAAUAUGUUGGUCACAAGACGCAAGUGGGCGAGAAGACACCAGUGAUAUAUAGUCUUCGGCAACGCCCUUCCCCAAAUAUACACACCGCUCACACACAUGUAUGCUGCACACACACACACACACACACACACACACGGACACGGACACACACACACACACACACACACACACACACACACACACACACACACACACACACACACACACACACACACACACACACACACACACACACACACACACAUACACACACACACACAUUUGGUACUUUUUGAUGCAGCUCCUAGUUACAAUGGAAUGACCAAACACUGCAAACACUGAACCAAACCACUCUCAGAUGCCCCUCUCUCUCUCAGGCUGUUUUAGACUGGCCAGUUCCACUGCGAAUCAAAGUGCUAUCGUUGACCGACCUGCGUUCAUACCGUUUGUUUAUUCUACCGACCGUGACUCGAAUGAGCCUGCUGACUGACAUCUACUUUGUCAUCACAGUUUACGAAGAAAGAAGUAGUUGCCUUGGGUUCAAACAACUUAAAUCACGGGUGGGAAACCUUUUUAAUUCAAGGGGCCACUUCAAAUUUUAUAAAGUCCUCCCUCCCAAGGGCUGUAGCAGAGAUUCUUUAAGUAUAGAGAUAUGCCAACAUAAUAGGUUUCUAUGGGCACCUAACAUGACCAGGUUCCGGUCUGCCUAAAGGGGCGUGUCAUAAUGCUCUUAGCAUUGAAUAGAACACUCCUCAGGUCUGCCUAAAGGGGGAUUUCCCCCCCAAUAAUAGAACCCGGAAACAAUGGGCCAAUGGAACCUCUCUCUCUCUACUCUCUCUGGCUGUAGUAUGAACAAACAAGCAGGAUUUUCCCCCUCCACAUAUUGAAGGCGGACUCCUUUACAACAGACUGCAAUUUCACUUCAUUUGACUAAAUUGCAUUUACAUUGCAAAUGUAAUUUCUACCAUUUCUUAAAAAAAAAAAAACAUGUCAUAUUUCAUGUGAAAUUGCAUAACAUUAAAAUGAUGUUGGGGCGGAUAAGACGGCCUCCAGGGCUGUAGAGGGCGCUAGAAACAUAGGUGCCCCACCCCCUGAAGUAAAGGGUAAUAAGCAUAGGACAGCAGUUCAAAGUUCCAUGCACAGCUCCUAGGUGCUGGUAGAUGCAGGAAUGUUCCAUACUUCAAAAGAAAGAAGUCUACCGCACACUUUCUUGACUGUAUGCUCGUUUUAUUAGAGCGAACAAGGCGUUUCGCCUCAGUGCGUCACCUGAGCGAGCCUGAUGACGCACGAAACGCGAAACGCGUUGUUCGCUCUAAUAAAACGAGCAUAAAGUCAAGAAAGUGUGCGGUAGACUUCUUUCUUUUGAAGCAUAGGACAGCAUUGGACAUAAACAGUUCAUAAUGCACAGGAGCUGUUAUUGACCUUGUGUGUUACCUUAUGUCAGGAUGUCUUUGUGAUGUUCUAUGGCAAUCUUAAAGGGAGUGUUAUUUUGCCGUUGCAGACCUGGCUGGUUUUUUUUAUUAUUCUUUUAGGUUCACAUAGUACUUGAUACAAACAAGCAAAACAUUUCACAUCAUUUUCAACAGUUCUCAAAGACAGAAUAUACUGUAGCUUGGACUGAACGUAAUUAUGAUAAUAAUCAAUGGUAACGCGCAUUUUAAUUUCACAAUCAUCUUUUCUGAACCUAAUGGGUAUUAUGCUGAUUUGUUUUUCACUUAUUUCUGCUUCUGAUUUCUUUUUUUGGUAAUCUCUGACAAUACAGUGAAGUGAGGCAACUUGUUUAAUGACACAAACUUAAUGUAAAUAGUGUUUUUUGAAAACAUUUUAUUAAAGAAACUUUAC